CGCCGACUCAUCGUCAGGGAGCGCGCUCUCGGGAGACGGGCGCGCGCGAAGCGGUGUGCAGAUGUGUCGCAGAUUUUGUAAAGUCACUGGACGCACAGAAAGAUCCAGCACAAGGAAGUCGCUCCGGAUAAAUGGGCCCUUAAAAAAAAAAACUGUCAGGAAAAGAAGACAGCUGAGGGAGAAGCGGGAAAGGAGAGGACUGCACCGAGGGAGCGCUGUGAUAACCCGUUAAACGUUAGCUUAGUUUGUGGAGAAGAAGGACGUUACUUUGACAGUUAAAGCCCAACGGCCGGCCGCGUGCACACAGAGAUGGAGCUGUCAGCGAUUGGAGAGCAAGUGUUUGCCGUGGAAUCAAUCGUCAAGAAAAGAGUUAGAAAGGGGAAUGUGGAGUAUCUGCUGAAGUGGAAAGGAUGGCCUCCAAAAUACAGCACAUGGGAACCUGAGGAACACAUUCUGGACCAGCGCUUGGUGCAGGCCUACGAAGAGAAAGAGCAGAGAGACAGAGCUCUGGGUCACAGGAGGAAAGGAUCAAAAGCCAAAAGACUCCUUCUGCAGAACACGGUCUACACCAUGGAUCUCCGCAGCGCUCACAAGACUCCAGAGAAGCCUUCACCCCGCUUGCAUCUCUCCCUAACGCGCUCACUGGUCCCAGAGGACGAGGACGAGGACGAGGACGAGGAUGAGGAUGAAGAUGAGGAUGAGGAUGAGGACGAGGACGAGGACGAGGAUGAGGACGAGGACGAGUCGUACACUGCCUGCAGGCAAGGCCCACGACCGCAAGUGGCACAUCACAAAGUCAAACCCAGCAGGUCACAGUUCAGGUGCCUUGACUCAAACCCUGCGAGUCCAACACAAGAGGACUGGGAAGGCCUGGAAGACGAAGAAGAAGAAGAAGGAGAAGAAGAGGAGGAGGAGGAAGAGGAGGACAAUGUAGAAGAUGAGGAAGAUAGGGAAGAGGAGGAGACAGAGGUGGCUCAGAAGGACACAACAGAGAAGAGUGGAGGCAUUCAUAAUGGACAAGAGAAGACAGACGAGUGGCGCUCUGCCAUCGUACCGGACGGGGUCACUGCAUCGGAGAAGUCGGACGACGUCUGGAGACCCGUCAUUAGUGCGGGAGAGGUGACAGUCACAGACAUCACCCUCAACUCCCUCACGGUGACUUUCCGAGAGUCGAGAGUGGCCAAGGGCUUUUUCAGAGACUGGGGCCUGGAGGUCUGAAGCGAUGAAGUGGGAGUAGGUUGGCAGGGUGGGCACUGCAGGAAGGAGCUGGAGGCACUGGCUUAAUAGCAGCGUGUAAAUGGUGAUUGCGGACCAAGAGCGGUGUUUUCACAUCCUCUCUGCAACCUCUCGCUCUGCUCUUCCCCUCGAAAGCUACUUCCAGUCUGGUCAGUGGUACGUUUACAUGCACAGAGUCACCUGGAUAAAAGCCGGACUCCAGUUAAUGUUACAUUUAGGGCGAGCUGUUCACCUUUAACACGUGGGGACUGAGUUUGCCUUGAAUUAAAGGGGCAUUAGAUACCUAUAACUGUUUGUGGCUUCUAUUGGUGACCAAGGAAAUGCAAAACCGUGGACAGAUAACUCAGUUAGCAGCUAAAACAGUCUCUAACUAGCCCGAACAUUUUCUCUACAGAGAGGAGUAAGUUAGCUGAUUAGAGCAGAGAUCCAACAGAAACAUCUGGUGAAGGCAAUACUCUUAUUUCACCAUACUAAAGGAUGGAAUAAUAUUUCCUUUUUGGCUGUUUAUUGCCUGUAGAACAAAAUGUGCGAACACAGGUUGCCAGGCUCAUUGCGGCUGAUAUGCACUCACCGCCACUGGAGGACCAAAUGUGAGCCGGCUCUGGCCCAUAUAUGGCUGCCAGAUUUAAGUAGAUAUUGGAGGCGCAGACUUGGGCUUAGGUCAGCGUCAGCCCCUUGAAUCUUCCAUUGUCAAACAGAUGAGAAGGGGACUAGGUAGGUGAGAUGGUGGAGUGACUUAGUCCCUUAAAAAGGGUUGUGAAGUGAGUUUUUGAAGCCAGAUAUCUAACACCUCCCUAAGGAAUCUCUGAGUUGUCGCUAGUGGUUAAAUUGUUCUGGUACAUAAAGGGUCUUAAAGGUACACAAUAGAGUUUUCUUUCCCUAGACAGUUACAUUUACAUUCACUGUUACUCACCAAAAAGUUUUGUGUUUCCUCAAGACAGUCGUGUUGAGCUCAUUUCCUUUUUCAAAAAAACAUUUGCAUUGCAUUGAGUUUUUUGAUUAAUUUGAACCCUGUAUCGUUUUACAUCCAUGUGCGGAGUCUGCAAUCUUCUUCCCUGGAUUUCGCCAGUGCAUCGCUACUUUCCCUGGUGCAGGAAACACAAACCCACUCACCGACGUUGCACCAUGGCACAGUGGUCAAAAUCUCCACAGGGUGCCUUUAAAACGGUUAACAGCCUUGUACGUGACAUUUUCAUGUUCUUAUCUCCUCUCAUACCUGAGGGAUUCAGUGAAUAUCAUGAAUGAAUAUAAUAAGUUCCAUGCAGUUGCACUGAAGUUCAGUAUAUGGACCAAUGUACUGUGCAGCUCUGAUUGUGAGUCCAGACAGUUACAACAUUUUCAUUCGGGGAAGUAAAGCUAGGUAACACCAGGAAUCACGUGAGAGGAAGAAGAAGAAGAAGAAGAAGAAGAGGAAGAGGAAGAGUCCUCUGUGCAUGUAAACAUGGCCGCUGUUUCUGUCUUUCUUCCACACUAAGCUAACCGUUCAGUACUGGACUCAAACAUAUUGUACAUACUCUAAACUACAGUGAGGUGGGCGUAGCCGUCAGUCCCACGCUAACAUGCAGUGCUGUACCUGUAACCUGUAAACACAGACUGUUACCACUGUACAACAUGUGGCUUAGUCUUGUACGCGUUUCAAAACCCUCUGAGAGAUGAUUUGAUCCGCCUGCAUGCAUCUUCCCUCCAGUACAGUUCUAUCAAUGCAAAGACAGACAGUGUAGUUUCCUCUGUCCACCCAGCUCUUCAUCUGAAAACACACAACACACCGUACAAGUGACGACUGAGUCUAGACGAGACUUGAUUACAGAACACAUUAUGGAAUUGCACUGAAUUUACAUCCUAAGAGCCUCUUUGUAAAGUUUGACCGGCGGGUUUAAAGGCGAAUAUAUAUCAGUUCUGAUUUUUAAUUAUGGUUUUUGCGAACACCUGAUAAUUUGUGAAGAUAUUCAGAGAUAUAGAUAUUCAAUGAGAUCAUUUCCCAAAAAAUUCAGUGUUUACCCCUAAAUUUGAUGAUUCUGAAGAUGAAUACUAAAAAAUCUCUCUACUAAAAGCCAAACUAGUACAUUUAGUAGAGUUAGCUGUUUAGCCCUUUAACUACCAAUUACAAUGGUUUACAUUAAAAACUUUUUUUUUUUUAUUAAACACACUGAAGUUUUAUUAAUUUGUUAUUUUUGGGAAAGCUCUGUUUCCACUUAAAUGACCAAUGACAUGCAGACUUAAGCCUUGCUUUAAUACAUAAUCCAUCACAUUUUAGCAAUUAACAAUUAGCUGCCUUCAUUUUCUAAGUAAACUGUGGUGAUCUUAUGUAGUAAUGAAAUGCAAACGAGUUCUGUUUGGAAAACUCCCCUCGGCUGAAAGACAUUCAGAAGAUCGAACAAAAAUCGAAUCAUUCAGCGAGAGAAAUGUGAUCGAAGUCGGUGGUUCCCCUGCAGCGGUUUGAGAUGAGUCUAGGAGGUAGCAAGACGUUUGCCAGGCAGGAAAUAAGAAAACUCAAAAUUCAGAUCAUGUUCCAGACUUUUCUCUAACCUUUCUCCGUCAUGGGAGAGUUUCCAAACAAACCCUCUUUGCUUUGCAUUAUCAUUUGAUUAUGUAACAUGAGCUCAAAAAGAAGCAGGAAGUGAUUGUUGACUGGGAUGGAUUGCACAUCUCAAGGUAUGUCAAGUCAUUAUAGCAUGAAAAUCAAGGACAGGUUCAUUCUUGAUCACAGUCUCAAGUAGCUGUUUCUGGAGCUUUUGAUCGUAUCACAUGAUCUUCAUCGAUAGAUGCCGAGUUGUCGUGGCAUUGUAGAUGCUAACAUUUCACAUCUUUUCUGAUUUCCAAGUUUCAAACUUCAGUCUUUACAGAUCAUAAUGACAGAAAUCCAAAUAGAUUUAGAUAUCACGGAUUAAUGAUACAAUAAUUAUUCAACGGCAAUAACUUUGUUUUCUAACUCUAAACUCUUAAGUCAGAAACAAAUGGAAACUUCAAAAUCUACAAUUCAAUGAAAACUGAGCAAACUCCACCUGAAAUAAACUGAAUCCUGUGGCAGCUUAUCUAAAAACCUGCAGUAUGCUUAAGUGCUUAAGUGCAUUAGUAGUUAACGGGCUAAAACAUGAGAAACUGAGCAGUAUGGUCAUUAACACGGGGUGACACACCCCCCCCCCCCAAAAAAAAAAUCACAGAGUUCAAUAAAAAAGUAAAUAAUCAUUAAAAUAAUUAUAUAAAAAAUGUAGUAAAAUAUUGACAAGUACUAAGAAUAAUUAACUGAAAGUGAAACUUUUCCCCACAAACAGACUGAUUUCAGGGAUAAACACUGAAAAGACUAAUGUCACAAAUUAAAAAUAAAAAAAAAAGCCCAACUCCGAGGUCAGUGGUGUAAGCCUGCUGGCUUCCUGCCCAGUGGACACAGGAGCUGAUGUGAUGUGUCAUGUCUGUGGAAUCCACCACAGUGGCGUCCCAUUGGUCCAUAAGUUGUUUAUCCCACACUGAGGAUGAUGGGUCAGCGUUUCGUGAUCCCAAAACUGUCUCUGUGGGAUAAUGAAGCUGCAGGGAAUGGAAGUGCCUGAUGUUGCAUAAUUUUGUUGUUGUUUUGUCUGUGGAGCUUUUAGGGCUAAUGUCUCUCUCUCUCUCUCCUUUACACACACACACACACACACACAAAGACACACACACACACACUUAUAUGGUUUUUGUAUGUCUGAAUGCACGAUCCUCAAAUGAUGUUAUUAAGACUUGAAACACAAGAAGACAUUAAAAAGAAGGAAGGUGGAGCGGGCAGAGGGGAGAAACGUAUUUUUUAGUCGUUAUUUUUCUACAUUGACCUGAAUGUAUAUUUAUUCUUUAAAGAUACCUGUGUAUUUGUCACGCAGACGACUGAAUAGUUUUUAUACAGUUUGUGAUAACCACUGAGCUGAUGCCAUAUGUAAAUGUACUGACAUGACAAAACAAGCACCGUGGAUUUGACGUCGCCUAAUGUGGUCGCUUGUGCUGCUUUCAUCCACCACCGAGCGAAGAACCUUGCACUUUAUUGUGAUGUAAACCUGCACAUUACCUGCUCCAGUCUACAAAGUGUCAUUGUGUAUAGAAUAUUUAUAUGGUAAUACUGAAAUAAAUGUUGCUCAUGUUUAAUAUCA